CUGAAGACAGUGAGAUAAAGGACCACAGUGAGUGAUUCUGAACAGUGCUGCUGAGGUCAGUACAGAAAUCCAAGGAGAAAGGAGAAGCCAUUAGAAGAAGAGACCAAUAGCUGCUGAAGAAAAUGACAUCUACAAUGUCUCUACGAGAGGAGGAUCUUUUAUGCUGUGUGUGCUCUGAAAUCUUCAGGGAUCCUGUUCUACUGUCGUGCAGCCACAGUGUGUGUAAAACCUGUCUGCAGCAGUUCUGGAAAAGUAAAGGAUUUCGAGAAUGUCCAGUGUGUAAAAGAAGAUCCUCAAGAGAAGAGCCUCCACUUAACAGGAUACUGAAGAGCCUUUGUGAGUCUUUUCUAGAGAGCAGGAGUCAGAGAUCUUCAGCAGGGUCUGAGGAGCUCUGCAGUCUGCACAAUGAGAAACUCAAACUCUUCUGUCUGGAUGAUCAACAGCAUGUUUGUGUGGUGUGUCAGGGUUCAAAAACACAUCAAAAUCACCACUUCUGUCCAGCAGAUGAAGCUGUGACUAACCUCAAGAAUAAACUCAAGACUGCUUUGGAGCCUCUACAGAAGAAUCUGAAAGUCUUAGAGGAAGCUAAACAAGACUAUGACCAAACAGCAGCUCACAUUAAGACGCAGGCCCAGCACACAGAGAGGCAGAUAAAGGAGGAGUUUGAGAAGCUUCACCAGUUUCUAAGAGAUGAAGAAGCAGCAAGGAUAGCUGCACUGAAGGAGGAAGAGGAGCAGAAGAGUCGGAUGAUGAGGAGGAAGAUUGAGGAGAUGAAUGGAGAAAUAUCAUCUCUUUCAGACACAAUCAGAAACAUAGAGAAGGAAAUGGAGGCUGAGGACGUUCUGUUCUUACAGAACAUCAAAUCCACAAUGACACAAACUCAGUGCACACCAAAGGAUCCGAUGUCCACCUCAGGAGCUCUGAUCAAUGUUGCUAAACACAUUUCCAACCUGAAGUUCAGAGUGUGGGAGAAGAUGCAGGACAUUCUCCAGUACACCCCUGUUACUCUGGACCCCAACACUGCACAUCCAAUCCUCCACCUGUCUGAUGAUCUCACUGCUGUAGAAUUUGGAAAUGAGGAGUCAUCACUUCCUGAUAAUCCCGAGAGAUUUGACAGCUCUGUGUGUGUUCUGGGUUCUGAGGGUUUUAACUAUGAGAAACACUCCUGGGAUGUUGAGGUUGGGGACAGUGAUCACUGGGAACUGGGUGUGAUUUCAGAAUCUGCAUCAAGAAAGGGAGACUCUUUCUGUGAUUCCGUGUGGAAACUGUGUAAAAGUAAUAGUAAAUACUGGAUAUGCGGCCCAGGACAGCCAGACCUCUUCCUCAAACCUAAAGAGAAUGUCCAGUGGGUCAGAGUUCAGCUGGACUGGAACAGGGGGAAAGUGAAAUUCUCUGAUCUACUAUCAAGUGCACAUCUGCACACCAUAACUGGCACUUUUACUGAGAAAGUUUUACCAUUUUUCUGUAAUGGAUCUGUUUGUCCUCUGAGGAUCUUAUCAGUGAAGACAUCAGUAUCAGUAGAAAAGUAAAGUCGAUGCUUCUUAGCAUAAACAUCCAGAUACUGAAUGUAGAAAUUAGUAAUGCAAAAAUAGGACGAGAUGCUCAUUAGUAAGUAACAUUCGGUGAGGUAAGAAAAAAAAGUUUUAAAAUACUUGUCACAAUAACUGACACCUCAAGAAACUGUGAGGAAAAUUCUGCUGUCUAACUGGCAUAACUCCCAU